AUGUCAUCAAAGAAAGCUACUAAAAUUGAAAACGAAAUUGAAGAUCCAAAAGCUGUUUAUUUGGAUGUUUUCGAUAAAAGUAAAGAUUUAAAAUCAUUAGCUGACGAAAUUCAAAAUAUUUCAAAUAAUAAAGAUUUCGAAAUUUUAAAGAGUGAUAAAGAAAACUAUAAAAAUGCCGAAUCAUUAUACAGAGAAAGAAGAGAAUUAUUAAAAGAGAUUCCAAAUUUUUGGGCUACUAUUUUCACCAAUUUAUUUUUAGGUUUAGGAUCAUUUGAAAAUUUACCACAAUAUGUUUCAGAUUUCUUUGUUGAAGAAAGUGAAACUGAUUUUACCUUAUAUAUCGAUUUUAAAGAAAAUAAUAUUAUAAAGAAUAAACAAAUUGUUAUUUCAGCUCAAACACCAUCAAAACCAGAGAAUAUGUUAGAAGAAACUAAAAUUACUUCAACUCCAGUUGAACUUUAUGAAAAAUCAAAAGAAAAUAAUAAACACCCAGAUAUGGAUGAUCAAUUCGAACCAGAAGAAUUGGAAGAAAUCCAAGGUUUCUUAAGAUUUUUAAAAGAACCAACUAAAGAAAUUUGCAGUUUUAUUGUUGGUACCAUUUGGAUGGAUCCAAUUGCAUCAUUCAACAAUGACCAAAGCGAUGAUGAAGAUGACGAAGAAUAA